GGUGAUUCACACACGUAUAAAAAUCGAUUGGACUCCAUUUUGCCUACGGUUUCUCUCCUCAGUUUUACGACCGGAGAAAGCCUCACAGUGACUCUCAGAGAAAAGAGAUAGACUCUCAUCCUCUCCGAUCUUCUCCGAUUCAAACUCCCAGCCUCCGCCACCAUGAACGACACCGAUGUCUCCAAGCAGAUCCAGCAGAUGGUGAGGUUCAUUCGCCAGGAAGCUGAGGAAAAGGCCAACGAGAUCUCCGUCUCCGCCGAAGAAGAAUUCAACAUUGAGAAGCUGCAGCUGGUUGAGGCGGAGAAGAAGAAGAUCAGGCAGGAGUAUGAGAAGAAGGAGAAGCAAGUCGAUGUGCGAAAGAAGAUUGAGUAUUCCAUGCAACUCAAUGCUUCUCGUAUUAAGGUUCUUCAAGCUCAAGAUGAUGUGGUCAACUCCAUGAAGGAGGCUGCAUCCAAGGAGCUUCUGAAUGUGAGCAAAGAUCAUAAAAAAUAUGCAAAGCUCCUGAAAGAUCUGAUCAUUCAGAAUUUGCUUAGGCUGAAAGAGCCUGCUGUGCUGUUGCGUUGUCGCAAGGAUGACGUGCAUCUAGUGGAGUCUAUUCUGGAAGCAGCUGCGCAGGAAUAUGCAGAGAAAAGAGAUGUUCAUGCACCAGAGAUCCUAGUUGAUCACACUGUCUAUCUUCCACCUGCUCCCACCCAUCAUAAUCCCCAUGUUAAUUCCUGUUCUGGAGGUGUAGUCUUGGCUUCUCGAGACGGGAAGAUUGUGUGUGAGAACACUCUUGAUGCACGGUUGGAUGUUGUAUUCCGUAAAAAGCUUCCAGAGAUCCGCAGAAGGCUCUUUGGUCAGAUUGUUGCAUAAUGGGAAGAAUUGUAUUGUGUUUUACCCGAACGAGUCCCUAGCGUGGUCUUUGACCGAAGGAUCUAUUGUUAAGUUGUUUAUUUGUGUAUUUCCAAAUUUAUGGUUCUCUGAAUAACUUUGAGCUGUGGUUAAAUAGUUUAGGUAUCAUUUUCUAUGGUGUUCAUAUGGUAUGGGGCAUGGCAAUGCACUCAUUCUUAUCAUCACAGUGAAAUUAAUAAAAGUUUGCAGCUAUAGUUUCAGCGCAGUUUGUUGGUU